AUGACGACUGCUACGCUAGACGAGAACGACGUCGUCAGAGCGUUCCACGCCAUCACCCGCUCUGCACUGGCCCAAGCCCGCGCGGAGGGUCUCUUGACGACGGACGAACUCGAGACGGCUGACGUCGACGUUCAGGUGGCAGGCCCGUCGCUCGCCCUCUUCUUCGCCGCACUCAGCGCUCGAGGGAACCCUCCUUCAAUCACCAGCCCGGAUGGCUCCUUCGCCCUCACCUCCUCCAACUGUCCCGCGCCUUUCGCCAAUGCCUUCCGGCUAUGGCAGACAAGUGUACCGAAGAUCCAGGGCUUCCCGUCAGAUGCACGGCACGACCUCGCCCUUGUUCUGUGCGACAAACCGGCAGAGUCGAGUCCGUUGCGGCUAGAUGUUGCACGAACAGCGGCCGAUCUGAAGGGAAUCGCACUCGAGAUCUUGCAGCGCCGAACCUUUCAAGACCGCUUUCAAGCCGACCUACAAGCCGCUCUCGACUCCGCACGACCACGACGAAGCGGCGAGUCACAACGGGCGAGGACCCAUUACGAACCGCCGCCUAUGUACAGCGAGGGCGAGCCGACGGAGGAGACGAAGCGAGCGUAUGGUCACAUCGCUUCGAGCGGUCACCGUGAUUCGUCAGAGGAGAAUGCGAGGGUGGCGGCGGUUGAGCAGCAGGGACUGGAAAAUCUGUCGCUGAUCAGGGAAACGCUCUACUCGGCUCUCGCCGACGUCCUUGUCGAGACGCCCUCUAUCCGACAGAUGCUGAGCCGCGGUCCGGAAUGGUCCGCCAAGGCAUUCUUCGCUGCGACUUGUCUCGCUAUCGUCGAAGUCGCCCUGUCUCGAAUCGACCGUCAUGGCGUGCGAGCGGUAGACCUCGGCAGGACGUCUCCAAAAGUCAUCGGACUGAACGAGACGCCAACCCAUCUUCGCCCUUUCCUCAGCCGCCUCAUCGAAGUCUCUCAAGCUCUGCGCACUCUGGCAGUUGCAGACGAUGCUCGAGCCGUUCAAGAAGCGACGGAAGGCGUCGAGCAGCUCACGCCGCCCAAACUCGACCGUCUCAAGGAACGGCUCGCGAAGGGGAUUGGCGCUGAGGAGACCCUCUCCAGCGCGCGCUCGAGCGUUGAUGGCGAAGUUGCGGGCCUCGCUAACGCCAUCAACACUCUCGCCCUCGGCAUGUCCGCCCUCCCGGCCUUCCGCGAACGCCAAGCGCAGGCUUUCCAAAUCCUCGUCUCUGUCACGUCCCUCUAA